GUGCCCUUGCUUACUUCUUUGUUGUUGCACGUUUAAUUUCUGAAUAGCAUCCAUGCGUUAAUUGGCCCACCAAGACCCCUUUCACCCUUCGCUGUCGACCGACAGGCCACGUUUGAGCGCGGCGCAACAGUGGCCUUUUGGCCAUGCCAACAUGUCAAGAGAAUCGACGCCCUCAUUACCGCUGUAUCAUGCCUCAGCCGGAGCCUCCAAGUCAGCGCGUGAGCCCUCGCCGUCACUGCAGCCCCCAGAGCCGCCGCAGAAGCGAAGCUCGACACCCUCAUCAAUAACAGCAGCCUACUCUCUCCUGUCGCCGCAAGAGACGGCGCAAAAACUCUCCACGUCCGUAACCCAUGGCCUCGCUGCCUCCGACGCGUCGGCGCGCAUACACAUCCAUGGCCACAACGAGCUCCCGCACGAAGACCCAGAACCGCUAUGGCUUCGCUUUAUCAAACAGUUCAAGGAUACGCUGAUUCUGUUGCUGCUGGGCUCUGCAGCCGUGUCAUUUCUAAUGGGUAACCUGGACGAUGGCAUUAGCAUAACGGUAGCAGUGACAAUCGUCGUCACCGUGGGUUUCGUACAAGAAUACCGGUCUGAGAAGUCAAUCGAGGCACUGAGCCAACUGGUCCCGCACUCCGCACACAUCAUUCGCGCUGCGGUGGAGCACGCACGGAAUGGUCGAACACCGAAUGGUACUGCGACUGAAGGCGUGGAAUUGGAGCAUCUCAAGGAUACCACAGCCUCACUGGCAGAUGCCGAGAGGAGAUCGACCGCCAUUUCCGCAACCUUGUUGGUCCCGGGCGAUUUGGUUCUCUUUCACACCGGCGACCGUAUACCAGCUGACAUCCGUAUUACGCAUGCCGCAGACCUUAGCAUCGACGAGUCAAACCUCACAGGAGAGAAUGAGCCUGUUUCCAAGUCGCCAGAUACCAUUACCCCUCCACCAGGCAUAAAACGCCCAUCCUCGCCUUUCUAUGCGUCCGAAGCUGCCGGGACCGUUGGCGCCGACAUACGCCUCAAUGACCAGAAGAACAUCGCCUUCAUGGGGACAUUGGUUCGCUCAGGCUAUGGCCAAGGAAUUGUCAUUGGUACAGGAGGCAACACAGAGUUUGGAGCCAUUUCGGCGUCGUUGCAGGAAAUCGAGAGCCCGCGAACGCCGUUGCAGCUCUCCAUGGACCGGCUUGGCAAAGAGCUGAGUUACAUGUCAUUUGGUGUCAUUGCUUUCAUCAGCCUGGUAGGAUUGUGGAGGGGUUGGCAGUUUCUAGAGGUCUUUCAGAUUGCGGUUUCACUUGCGGUUGCUGCUAUCCCAGAAGGACUGCCCAUCAUCGUCACCGUCACGCUCGCGUUGGGCGUGCUCAGAAUGUCCAAGCGUGAUGCCAUCGUUCGACGAUUGCCCAGCGUUGAGACACUGGCAUCGGUCAACGUGGUCUGCACCGACAAGACAGGCACGUUGACAACAAAUCAUAUGACCGUCACAAAGAUAUGGCAUUUCGACGAGGCAACUCCGAUUGAUGUCAAGCAGAAACAUGAAAUCGCCGACCUUGACUCGCCGACCCGCAACAUUCUGCGCAUCGGCAAUGUUGUAAAUAAUGCCCGUCUCCUGAGCGAUGAAGCUGCAUCAGCAUCAACAGCGGCAGUGCUAUCGUCAACCCUGGGCGAUGACAACUCUUUAGCCAAGAGCCGAUGGGUAGGUCAGCCAACUGAUGUUGCCCUUCUCGACCUUCUAGACGCUUUUGAGGAAGACGAUGUAAGAGCAAGACUAGGGGAUCGUAAGUUCGAGACUCCCUUCAGCUCAGAAAGGAAGUGGAUGGGUGUGGUGAUCAACGGCAGCUCUGGUGGAGAGCUCGCCCCUCGCACCGAUUUCGCAUAUAUCAAAGGCGCCUUGGAGAAGGUGCUGGAUCGUUGCGACACUUACGUUACCGCGCAAGGAAGAGAGGUUGUCAUGGAUCAAGCACGCAAACAAGAGGCCAUGAAAGCGGCAGAUUCGAUGGCGCAAGAAGGGUUACGAGUCCUGGGUUUCGCAAGCGGGGUCUCCAAGGGGAAGAAAAGGAGUACCAGUGGCACUUCUUCACCAGCCCUAUCCACAGGCUCCGCAUUGGGUGACGACGAACAGUAUCGAGGGCUCGCAUUCGCUGGGCUUGUUGGCAUGAAUGAUCCGCCACGAAAAGGCGUAGAAAGGGCCAUUCGACGUCUAAUGGCUGGUAAAGUCAAGGUCAUCAUGAUCACUGGUGACGCUGAAACGACAGCAGUUGCUAUCGGCAAGAGCCUAGGGAUGCCAAUUACUGCAAACUCAGCAAUAGGACGCUCUGUGAUUCGAGGCGACGAACUCGAUCGGAUGAGCGAGGAGGAGCUUGCACAAGCCAUUGCAACAACCUCGAUUUUUGCGCGUACCAGUCCGGAGCACAAGAUGAAGAUUGUCCGCGCACUCCAAUCACGAGGGGACGUUGUAGCCAUGACCGGUGAUGGAGUAAACGACGCACCCGCGCUGAAGAAAGCAGAUAUCGGAAUAUCCAUGGGUCGCUUGGGCACUGACGUUGCGAAAGAGGCGGCAGAUAUGAUCUUGACCGAUGACAACUUCGCGACGAUUCUCAAUGCCAUUGAAGAGGGCAAAGGCAUCUUCUACAACAUUCAGAACUUCCUCACUUUCCAGCUCUCCACCAGCGCCGCAGCACUGAGUUUGGUACUCGUCAGCACCUUCUUGGGCUUCCAGAAUCCGCUCAAUGCAAUGCAGAUUCUAUGGAUAAACAUCCUCAUGGAUGGCCCACCCGCGCAAUCCCUCGGUGUCGAACCUGUCGACCCAGCCGUCAUGGCGCUUCCUCCUCGCCCGCGCCACGCCCGCGUCCUCACGCGCCCCCUCGUCCAACGCGUCAUCCAGUCCGCCGCCAUUAUCAUGCUCGGCACACUCACAACCUAUUACCGCGAAAUGAGCGACGAUAACUUGGUCACUGCGCGCGACACUACCAUGACAUUUACUUGCUUUGUGCUCUUCGACAUGUUCAAUGCGCUUACCUGUCGCUCAUCCAGCAAAUCCGUUCUAGCCGGCGAAAUCGGCCUCCUGGACAACAAGAUGUUCAACUACGCCGUGGCAGGCUCUCUCAUUGGUCAAUUAAUGGUUAUUUAUUUCCCGCCGCUACAGCGCGUGUUCCAGACGGAGGCUUUGGGUUUGCUCGAUUUGUGCCAUCUACUGGCUAUAGCGAGCUGUGUCUUCUGGGCUGACGAGGGCAGGAAAUGGUAUGUGCGGUGGAAAGGGAGACGAGGCUAUGGAGCCGGGUAUAGUACGGUUGUAUGA